AUGGACGUCUCUAGUAACCGUCUCUUCCGGUUUUCCAAGCCUGAAUGGCUGAAUAAUUCCGCCGUGCGAAACGCGGGUGUUUAUGCGUCUGGCGCAUUGUUCGCCGCCGGCUUCUUCUUCCUCAUCGACGUCGCAUCAUUUUCGCACAGCGCCCGCAAUGGCUCAGACGUGCACAUCAAAUUCGUCGACUGGAUCCCCGGUAUCUGUUCGGCGCUCGGCAUGCUGGUGAUCAACUCGAUUGAGAAGUCCCGGCUGCAGGCCGAUAGCUUCAGUUAUAGCGGAGGCGGAGUUGCUUGGAAGGCGCGGUUCGUGCUGUUCUUGGGCUUUGCGCUGUUGGCGGGUGGUUUGGCGGGGAGUGUGACGGUCAUGGUGCUCAAGUAUCUUGUCAAGGAGUAUCCGAUUCAAACGCUUUACUUUGGAAUUGCGAACGUGGUUGCCAACGGUCUUGUUAUGCUGAGCUCCGUCGUCCUCUGGGUCUCGCAAAACAUGGAGGACGACUACACCUAUAAUCUGGCUCUUUAA